AGAGUAGGCGAUAGUCUGACAGAUUGGGUUCGAUUGAGAGCUAGAGAGCAGGAGGUCUUGGAGGGAGCGGAGAGUACGGUUUGGGUGACUAUUUGGAGACAAGGGAUUGGUGAUGCAAUUUGGAGGCUGAGUUAUAAUUGGGUUUAUAUAGAGGGGUGGAGGACACUGAAUGGAGGCCAGUGGAGGGAUUGGCAAAGAGGAUGGAGGACACUGAAUGGAGACCAGUGGAGGGAUUGGCAGAGAGGGGUGGAGGACACUGAAUGGAGGCCAGUGGAGGGAUUGGCAGAGAGGGAUGGAGGACACUGAAUGGAGGCCAGUGAAGGGAUUGGCAAAGAGGGAUGGAGGACACUGAAUGGAGACCAGUGAAGGGAUUGGCAGAGAGGGGUGGAGGACACGCUGAGUGGUGACCAGUGGAGGGAUUGGCAGAGAGGGCUGGAGGACACUGAAUGGAGGCCAGUGCAGGGAUUGGCAGAGAGGGGUGGCAGAUACGGAACGG